UGGAGUUUGUGGGCGUGGCUAGGGUCGUGGAUAGAGUCUAGGGAGUGUAUUGACUUCUGGGUGGAACCCAGGUGGCUGAGUUGAGCCUAGCGCGGUCAGGGAAAGGUCCUAGUGGGCGAGGCCCCGGCUUGUGGGCGGGGCCUGAGCAGCGCAGGUCUCAGGGUGGAUGGGCGUGGUUAAGGGUCAGCGUGCUAGGGCCAGGGGAGGUGUAGUCCUCAGGGCUGAACCCCUGCAAGGUGGGCGGGGCCUGGAGCGGACUUCCCUUCCGGUGAGGCGCUUCUGUCGAAGUAGGGGUUUUGGAAGUGAGCUUUCCUCUGGCGAAUGGGCGGAACCUGGAGGUUUGAGUUGUGCUCUAGACGAGUGGGUGGAGUCCAGGCUAGAGGUCCCCUAAAGGCUAAGUGGGCGUGGUUAAGGUUAGUGGGUGGGGCCUUGGUGAGAGGCGUUCUGGACGCGGAAGCGGGGUUCAAGCCGGGCGGUCCUCCGGACGCCAGGCGCCGCUGCGGAGCCGCAGUCCGGCAUUGCGAGGCGGAGCCGCGAGCUGCGGGGUGGUGAGUGUUUACAUCCGUCCCGGCACAGAGGUCUCCCGACAUCGCUCGGCCGGGGGUCCAGCCUCCCUCGCCAUGGACACCAACGACCUGUUUGACAGCUGCAGAAAGGGAGACGUGGCCCGUGUGCGAUCUGCCCCUGUCUCCUGCUCUCCACUCCCAGAGUGCCUGCACCAGCUUUUCUCUGGCUUCUCUGCCUUCACCUCCCCAGGCUGAAGUACCUGCUGGAGCAGCGAGACGUGGAGGUGAACGUACGGGACAAAUGGGACAGCACCCCUUUGUACUAUGCCUGCCUCUGUGGGCAUGAGGAGUUGGUGCGCUACCUGUUGGCUAACGGAGCCCGCUGUGAGGCCAACACCUUUGAUGGAGAGCGGUGCCUCUAUGGGGCGCUGAGUGACCCCAUUCGCCGUGCACUGCGAGACUACAAACAGGUCACCUCAUCCUGCAGGAGGCGGGAUUACUACGACGAUUUCCUGCAGCGGCUUCUGGAACAGGGCAUCCACAGUGAUGUGGUCUUCGUAGUACACGGAAAGCCGUUCCGAGCGCAUCGCUGUGUCCUAGGUGCCCGAAGUACUUACUUCGCCAACAUGCUGGACACCAAGUGGAAGGGCAAGAGCGUUGUGGUUCUCAAGCACCCGCUGAUCAACCCCGUGGCCUUUGGGGCUCUGCUGCAGUACCUGUACACAGGCUGCCUAGACAUCGGUGUGGAGCAUGUUAGUGAUUGUGAACGCCUGGCCAAGCAGUGCCAGCUGAGGGACCUGCUCGAGGACCUGGAGGCUAAAUGUGAGAAGGUGUCUGAAUUCGUGGCUUCCAAGCCUGGCACAUGUGUGAAGGUGCUGACUAUUGAGCCCCCUCCAGCAGAUCCCCGGUUGCGGGAGGAUAUGGCACUGCUGGCUGGCUGUGCCCUGCCACCUGAGUUGCGGGGUGACCUAGGAGAGCUGCCCUUCCCAUGUCCCGAUGGCUUCAGCAGCUGCCCUGAUAUCUGCUUCCGAGUGGCUGACUCCAGCUUCCUCUGCCACAAGGCCUUCUUCUGUGGCCGCAGCGAUUACUUCCGGGCCCUGCUGGAUGACCACUUUCAAGAGAGCGAGGAACCUACGGCCCAUGGGGAGCCCCCAGUUGUCACCCUGCAUGGCAUCUCCCCAGAGAUCUUCACUCAUGUGCUGUACUAUGUAUACAGUGACCAUACUGAGCUGCCCCCUGAGUUGGUCUAUGACGUGCUCAGUGUGGCUGACAUGUACCUUCUACCUGGCCUGAAGCGGCUUUGUGGCCGCAUCCUGGCCCAGCUGCUGGAGGAGGACAACGUGGUGGGUGUCUGGCGCAUAGCCAAGCUCUUUCGCCUGGCCCGGCUGGAGGACCAGUGUACUGAGUACAUGGCCAAGGUCAUUGAAAAGCUGGUGGAGCGAGAGGACUUUGUGGAGGCGGUGCAGGAAGAGGCAGCAGCCGUGGCCGCCCGGCAAGAAACAGACUCCAUUCCACUUGUUGAUGACAUCCGCUUCCAUGUGGCCAGCACAGUCCAGACCUACAGUGCCAUUGAAGAGGCGCAGCAGCGGCUGCGGGCACUUGAGGACCUGCUCGUGUCCAUUGGCUUAGACUGCUGAGCCCUUGCCAUCUGGCAGCCCUGCAGCUAGGGCUCCCAUGGUGACAAGCAUGUACGGUGUGUGCAUGCAGCAACUGUUGCUCCUGCAUGCUUGAUGGCAUUACCGUGGACAGAGGGCACUCACUGGGCUCCUGGGAACCUCACAAGGUGUUCUUGGGAUGAGCCUCCUCCUCUAGUGCACAAAUAAGCUCCAAGACUUGGGGCUGGCACCACUCAGGGAAAGCUGGGGUAUGGUAGGCUUUGAACUCAGUCCCCUCUCGCCCAGCACCCCACCUACUCCCUCCUGGCCCUCACCCAGCCCUCACUGGCUUUGACUAUUUCCAUGUAGAGUUGGAUAGGAAGCAGGAAGUGUGUAUGGCAAUAAACUUGAAUUCACUGUGGA